ACAGAAAAACGAUCGUAUCGCUGUGGACGAUCGUAUCGCUGUGGUGCACUCGGUGGGGGGAACAACCGACGAGUGCUGACGGAGUGCACGGUUAGGCUUGGAUGAUUGGAUUCUUGUGCCGACCAAUCUCAGGUACUACAACACCUACAACUUGCACCUAGGUACCACUGCAGGUACUCACUGGCAGGCUGUACGUUGUAGGUACAUACAAUGUAGGGCGGGACAUGGUGCUGACACUGCAAUGUAGUUGUAAACGUGUCAGGACUCUGUUAGGGAACCCCGACUAUAACCCACCUCAUAGCGAGAUGUGGUGCCGUUAGUCAAUUUGACUGUUACGAUUAUUUUGUUGAUAUUUCCAAAAUAAUAUUUCAAGGUCAAGACCAGAUUCCAAGUUAUUUACACUACGAGAUUUGCAGCUACAACGCUUCGCUACGUAGGAUUAGCAGACGCGGGUACAUGUUUCAAAAUUUCAACACCGCAAUCUCUUGGUAUGGCUGACUGUUAGGAUUAUUUUAUGGAUAUUUGCAAAAUUCCAAGUUCAACACCAGACUCGGAGUUGUGACACAAUUAGCAAACACAAGUACAACGUACAUGUUCAAAACUUCAACACGACAAGCUCCAUCCGUUCGUUCUGCCCGAUUAUCCAUCUCUCAUCACCAGCAAUCCGUCCCAUCGGGCCUACUUCUUUAGUCAAGCGACCUUCGAGCGCCACAACUUUCGCCUCAGCAGCGCCUCCCUCGCUCUCCUCACCCGCACCCCCUGUCUUGAUCCUUACAACCAGCUGGUUCAGUAUGCUCUGUCCCGAGAGACAGGUUUCGACCAAACUCAGUCUGAUGCCAGCAUCGGCAUCGACCACGUCCAUGACGGGCAGAAACCAACGUUCACUUUCCUCGACAUCAGCGGUCUCCAUACUACAAUGACCGCGGUAUGGAGGAAGAUUGCCGUCCCAUUCCCGAUAUAAUCGAGGACCCUGGCCUAAGAAGGGAAAUGUUGUCGUUUUGGCACACCAUAACCUCUCAGCUGGGUCGAAAUACCCCUGUCCUGCCACCGCAGCGUUUUCUCGUACGGUGAGUGAUAGGGAUUCGGAAUCGAGAUGAAGCGACAUUAGCGCCACAUUCGCGUGUUGCCUUAUACCGAGGAAAUCCAUGUCCGUAAAUGAAAAUCGCGAGACAAUAUGCGGGCCUUCUUGGUCCGGCGGCCGCGAUUUUCCCGACGGGUCAGCUGACGGUUGGUAUGAUGAGCGAGCCGUGAUAUCCCAGACCGAGAGCGACUCGAUUGGCAUCUCCUCAUCACCGGUGUACAUGCUUCGAUUGGGUUGCCAGAAAUACACCGCGUAGUGAGUGGAGUUAUGGGUGGAAAAGAAACGGUCGUGGUAAUUGGGCGGUAAGCCCAGGAAGUGCAUCUUCCAUUCGGAGCGCCAUGUCACGGUCCAUGUCCCUUCUUCUCCAGGACAGACAUCAAAGCAAUUCGCAAAAUGACGAUUGACUUGCUCCAUUGCAUUGAGGUUGUGGAAGGGAUCCUUCUCCGCCCAUUCCACGAUCAACGUCCGGUCCUUGAGACGCAGGGUGCGAAUAAUUUUGCCCCGAAUGUCGAACGGGACGGGAUACUUCUCACCUGUCGCAACGUCCAAGAGAGCCAGGAUCUGGGGAAACGCCGUGUAUCGGUCCUUACCAGCUUGAACAGGCGCGUACACCAGCAGACCAUCGUCGUAUGACCACAAGGUAGGCCUGAAGAGAAAGGGUUUUGAGCCAAUCCUACUGAGAUGCAUGGCAGCGGUCUCAUAAUACAAGCGACCUCCAGGUUGGCUUUCGUGGUAGUCCCAUUGUCCGACCGGGAACCAAUCGCCUAACUGUUCCACCGCGGCCAUCGGGUAUCUACAAACCCUUGUGGCCGUGCCCCUGGUAAGGCCGCGGUAUCGUGAUGCAACCGUCAUGAGGAUCCGUUGCCAAUCUACCUUGCCGCUUUGUGGAGAGCGAAACUCCAGUGCCCAUGCUGGCAGUUCUCGAACUUCUCUAGCUCGCGGGUAGCGUUGCAGAACCCGGCGGAUAUAUUCGGGCUUGGUGAACGCGGCGCGCCAUGAUUGGGACACUUGUUGGCAACUGACAACGUCCCAUGCGGCCAGAUCUCUCAAUACCAGAAGGAACAUAUCAUCGGGAAGGUCAGGGAGCGAUACUUGGCUUGAUGGCUUCAUAGUGAGUGAAGCCAUCAUGGUAAGAAGAUCCACCAUUCCGGCUUGAGGACAGCUACACCAAACCGUGGUAGGGGGCGUCCGAAAUAGAUGUCAACGAGGCGGCAGUCAAGCAACGCAUCGAGAAGCUCAACAUACUGAUCAUUGCAGGGUAUGGAACACAGGUAAGAGGCAACUCAAUCCAUCACAACUACCCGCCCGAUACCAGGAGGGUUCUCAUUGGGGCAGGACUGCCGCAGCGUGUCCAGUCUCAGAUUGCGUCAACCUGUUAUCGGGUCGUGCAGUAGCUGUACCUAGGAUGGAUGGGCUGUGACCGAUACUGCUUCAUCACCUACGAUUAGACGGGCAUACGAGGGGUUGGAGACACGAGGGACGAAGGGAAGCGUGAGGUUGACGGGGGUACUGCACAGUCCCGUUCCCGGAAAUAUAUGGUCACGUGCACUAUAUGUAAUCAAGCACGUGCUCCGGCUAUCGCUGGGCAUCGGCGGCAUUCUCUGUUACCUUAUCUUAUCGCAGUUCUUCCCUCGGCGGCCGUUUUUCCGUCUCCGUCGGGCAACUUUUUGUUAGCGAGCGAAGCGUGGCGCGGGGGAGGGCACCGAGAAAAAGUUUUGUUCCAUUUUUCCCACCCAAUUUUUUUUCCUGCUGUCAGAGAAAGGGCGCGGCAACGGCAACUAAACAAACUUGAAGUCUGGUCCCCCCGGCGGUCAUUUGCGUUGGCUAAUAAUCAAUUGCCCAAUGACAGGGUCUACGAUCUGACCCUCUUGUUCUCUUUUGGUCUGGCCUCGGAGUGACUCUCCAUCCUCUCGCCAUCCACACCAAACCAAACCCUGACUGCCCGCUCCGAGUCUUUGUACGUUGUAUUGUGGUGGGCUCACUGGUGGUGACUCAACUUUACUUUACUUCACUCGUCCUCGCUCGAUCCUUCAGAUUUUUUGAACAUAUCAGUAUUCUGUCUACGAAACAAAGCAUACGAGUCAAUCACUCUACUUACAAGGCGAGACUCUGCAUAAUCAACAUCGCUCCGUAUAAAAUCCUCGCCACCCACAGUCGUCCAAUUUGCGACUCAUUUCCUGCGGCCGACUUUCACGCAACCUACGGCCUAUCGCCACGCUUUUUGUUCCUAAACAUCUCACCACAAUAUGGUUAUGAACGAUAACAGCAACAUGUCGAACACCAACUCCUCCUCCGCCACCAAUGGCACCCCCGCCGUCCCCACGUUCGCCGUCAAAGCCGGUUUGGCACAGAUGCUCAAGGGCGGUGUGAUCAUGGACGUGGUCAACGCGGAGCAAGCUCGUAUCGCUGAAGAGGCCGGCGCCUGCGCUGUCAUGGCUUUGGAGCGAGUGCCUGCGGACAUCAGAAAAGACGGUGGCGUUGCCCGCAUGUCGGAUCCUCACCUGAUCAAAGAAAUCCAAGCGGCAGUGACCAUCCCGGUCAUGGCCAAGGCCCGGAUUGGCCACUUUGUCGAAUGCCAGAUCCUCGAGGCUUUGGGCAUCGACUACAUUGACGAAAGCGAGGUUUUGACUCCUGCCGACGACACGUUCCACGUGGAAAAGAGCGGUUUCCGAGUGCCGUUUGUGUGCGGCUGCCGGAACCUGGGCGAGGCUCUUCGCAGAAUCGCCGAGGGUGCCGCCAUGAUCCGAACAAAGGGUGAAGCUGGCACUGGCGACGUUGUCGAGGCCGUCAAGCACAUGCGCACCGUGAAGCAGGACAUUGCUCGCGCGCAGGCUGCUUUGGCCGAAGGCGAGGGCGCUUUGAGAGCAUAUGCCAGAGAGCUUGGCUGCGAUCCCGUCCUGCUCAAACAGACUGCCGAGCUGGGCAGACUCCCUGUGGUCAACUUCGCCGCUGGCGGAAUCGCCACGCCUGCGGACGCCGCGUUGAUGAUGCAGCUGGGCUGUGACGGCGUCUUUGUCGGCAGUGGUAUCUUCAAGUCUGGCAAUGCCGCCAAGCGAGCAAAGGCCAUUGUACAGGCCACCACUCAUUACCAAGACGCAAAGGUUCUGGCUCAGUGCAGCGAGGGUCUUGGUGAGGCCAUGGUCGGCAUCAACUGCGGCACCAUGGCUCCGACCGAGAAGCUGGCCGGCCGAGGCUGGUAAUCGUCUUAAAAUAACUGUUGUUUGUUUUUCUCCGCCUUGUUUUGGGAUUGAAUAUGCCGAACAGUGGAAGUGCAUGAGCGUUCGACAUCGGGUUCCAUAUUCGUACCACACGAAAAGCAAGGCGGCAACGCUGUCCGACAAGGAAGCCAGGCGAGGUGAAAGGGAACAAAAAUGGAGAGCCGAACAUGACAGGGCAUUCUUGCAUGCAUUGGGAAAGCAGGGAUCGGCGUUCCCUUUGGUUUGGCCAGUCACAUUCGUGUCUAUAUAGAAUCUUGAACGACUCCUUUUCGGAGCUUCGUUUGUAUUGAUCCGUUUUUGGAAUGGCUCUGCUUAUAUCUAUCUCGAUGCUUCAAAUAACCAAUUCCUCCAACACAGCCUCCAUUUCCUGUUUAUCCAAUGGCACGCCCAAGACCUCUGUGCCA